UCUUCAUGAUUUAGAUGGCCGUGAUGGUUCCGUUCUGGUUUUCCAGCUUCUUAACUUUAGCUUGUAGCACUUUUCUCCUCAUGUUGAGCAAAGAUGAACUCUGAAGAGAAGAAGCAAGCUGAGGAAUCUUCUACCUGCAGCAAUGAAACAUUCCCGAGGAAUCCCAAACCCCCAAAGCUAAUCUUCCUGAACAUGACGGAGAAGCGAAAUGAGGAGAAUCAGGAGACAAAGUGUUGAAUGUGAUGCUGCUCGGAUCUGUUGGGAACGGUACAGGUCAUAGAGUUCUGCUGGGAGGAAGCCAGAUCACUGCUUUUUCUAACUGGGAUGCAUCUUUGUCCUAUGACCCCGAGUCGCCCUCGGCUGAGAUCCAGAGUGAUGUGCUGUUCCGGGAAGGACAGACUCUGGGUGGACAUGUUACCUACACUCCUCGACUCAUCUCCAUGGACCUCAAAGGAAGUCUCCGGACUCUGCCACAGGAGGGAAGUCUGUACGACCCAGGAGCAGGAACCUCUGCUGUCACCUGGGAGGGAAGCAUCAACAUGCACAAACAAAGCCCCCCAGAGAAGAACUCAUUCCUGGAGUAUCUGGAGAAGCUAGAUAAGGGGGAGAUCCUCACUAAAGCAGAUUUCUGCUCCUCCUCAAAGCUGCAGCACUCAGGAGCAGUGAGUGUGGAUACCUUUAACAGUCACCUGGCCCGGGUCCAGAACUACAAGCUUGAGGGUAGUGUGAGAGUUUGGUCCGACUUCCUGCGAAUCCACCUGCACCCUCGCACCAUCUCUGUCAUCCACCAGUACAACCAUGACGGAGAGGCUCAUCGUCUGGAGACGUUCGGUCAGGGAGAGUCUCUCCUGCAGGGGGCGCUGCUGGAGGAGUUGGAGGACAAACUGCACUUUUUUGUGGAGGAAUGUGAUUAUCUUCAGGGUUUCCAGGUUCUGUGUGAUCUGGCUGACGGUUUUGUAGGCCUUGGGUCAAAGGUCACAGAGCUGCUGCAGGACUCUUACGGAGGGAGGGGGAUCCUCACCUGGGGCAUGACUCCUGUUGGCCACAGGGAUUCAACUCCAUUCAGAGACCUGUGCCGCCUGCUGAACUGCUCUCUGGGGAUGGUCCGCAUGGCUGCUCACAGCUCACUGUUCUGCCCGCUGACGCUGCGGGGGGGACUGGGCAGGAGGCCCACCUCCCCUCCACAUUUUCCACUCCUCACCUAUGAUCCCUCACUCUGGUACCACUCCAGCUCCGUCCUGGCUCUGGCCCUGGACGCCCUCACAGUGUCGUACAGGCUGAGGAACAACAGCGUCCCCAUGUGGCAGGUGGCAGACUUGUUGGCCGUGUCAGGCAGGAAGGUUGUGGCUGCUUACGGCGCCAUCCCGUUUCCCAUGAUGUCUGGUGGCUCUCUGCCCGACGCCCUGAGCGCCUGCGCUGAUGCGUUGCCAUGGAAGCCUCUGUCAGCUUGCCCCGAAGCAGGCGAGGGUCAAUGUUACGGGCAGUUGACCACGCUCAAAGGCUUUGAAGGCCAGAAACUCAUCAGCUGUCUGUCUCCGGGGAUCAAACCACCGACUCCUCUGCACAGCCUCCACAGCAGUGAAGAUGUCCUGGCUGCUUACAUCUCAUCGUUUUACCCCUCAGCUCCUCUGGCUCUGCAGCUCGUCUCCUCUCCCAGUAAGCUGACCCCGCCCUUCCCUCAGAUCUUCAGCCAGUCGCUGGACGCUCAGGGCUUCCUGAGGAGCGAAGCGCCCCCUCCUGGUGCUCUGGGUCCAGUCAUCUCCUCUGUUCCUGUCAUGACGUCCUUGCAGUCUGGGCCUGCUCUCGAUCCCUGGCUCUCUGAGCUGCACCGGGCCACCAGCGCCUUCGACAUCCGCCGCGUGGCCCCCAGCUUCCUCUCCCAGGGGCCUGAGAUGGCUGAGUACCAGGAGGCCCUAGAGGAGCUGCGGCUGUUAGCCCGCUGUUACCGUGACGACAGCAGCGGCGUGAUGAGAUCUUCCUCUGAGGAGGAGGAUGAUGACUGAGGGUCUGUGCUCUGAUUAGUGAAGGAGCAGCAGGAUGGAGGUGAGGAACACCAGGAAGAAUGAAGCUGAUCUAUGGCUUGACUCGGCGUGGUCCAGAACGCCAGCAAGACAGAGGUCCUUCCUGUCAGCCCUAAGUCAUCCAUGUUCUAGAGCAUUUCUGCUGAAGCAGCACGUCAGGUCUUUACUUAACAAGACCUGAGCUUCACAUGACCAGGACCGAGAACUGUAGGAGUGCCCAGAACUAUUGCGGGUCUUUUUCACCUUUGACCUCAGAAUGAAAGCUCCAUUUUUGUCGAAUCAACCUUUUUAAAGCUGUAAAUUUAACUUUGUCACCUCUGGUGAAAUAAAUAAUCUGUCCAAAAAGAUCCAGCAAAAAAGUUCAGAGAAGAAUCCGGAUUGGUUAAAAACUGAAGACGUGAUGAAAAUACAUUUCCAGAUUAAAACCAAAGAAAUGUGUAAAUCUGCAUUUUAAGGUUCCAUCAUUGUUCCGACUCAAAUCCUGUCUUCAUAACUCAGACUGAUUGGACAGUGACAGUCCUACCCAUCCAAUCAGAGGAAGGGGAGCUCCUGACGCCAGAGAUUUGCAUGUUGAAUCAGGGUCAGCGUCUCUGCAUAUCAGCUGCAGACCCAGCAGUGCGAGCAGUCGCCGCCCACUUCAACCAUGUGACUGAUAUAAACAGUGUGUGUGUGGAUGUAAGGAUAAAAAUGUCUUCAUUUGUUGAAUAAACUCAGUAAAUCAGCUGAA